GAGCAGGAAUAAACAGAGAGAGAAGAGACACGAGAGAGAAGUGCGGCGACCGGAGGCUGUUUUAACUUUGUACCGUGACGGCGACACGCGCAGGGACUCCACAGCUCAUCGCCAGCCAGUGUGUGUGCUGUGGUGCGACCGCUGGUGCCCGGUUCCCCCGCAGCGCGAAGGAGUGCGAUGCCCUCUGACUUCACCUCGCUGCUCUUCAGCGGGGACCUCGAGCUGACUUCUCCCGGAGCCCUCUUCCACCUCCGAGAAUCGGUGUGUGAUCUUCUACCCAGAGAGCUGCAGUUGCCUUCCUACACUCAGCAGAACCCAAAAGUCAUGAGUCAAAAGAGUGGCGGAGAGGCAGGGCCUCCUCCUUCUGCUGCUGUAGCAUCAGAUGCCAUGUCCUCUUCUAUGACCAUGGAAGGCCCCCGCAGUGCUCUUUCCAACUCUUCCAGCUCCACCAUACAUUCCAGUUCUUCAGCCAGUGACCAGAACCCAGUCCACAGCAACAAUGUUGACCAAGAGGAUGCCAGGAAUAGCCGCUUGGUACCAGAGGUCGUCGGAGCAGAUAACGAAAAUGGUAACGGCGGCAGUGGUGUUAACUGCAGGGGGAGCAGUGAACUGGGAGGUGGAAGAGGUGCAACAUCCCAGGAUGCGCAGGCACAUCACCAGAUGACCCCGUCUAAGCGCCGCACUGUACUAAACAUCUCUCCGCCUCCGCAAGACUUGUUUGAUGACAGCCACAUGUCUUGCCAGAAUGAAGCCUCCCUGGACUCAGAGCAGAGCAACAGCAUCUGGAUGGAUGACUCUCUCUCCAACUUUAGUAUCAUGAGCAGUGUUUCCUACAAUGACAACACAGAGGUACCAAGAAAGUCCCGUAAACGUACCCCUCGACAGAGGCCUGGUCCGAAGGCUGUGCCUGCAGGGGAGCCAAGCAUGGAUGUGUUUGAUGCAGACAGUGCUAAAGGCCCGCACUUUGUCUUAUCACAGUUAGGACCCGACAACAAGACAGCAUCAAAAGGAAGCUCUGACAAUCCUAAGGCAGCUAACCAUAAAGGGGGGACUCUAUCGAUGCAAUACCCACAGAAGAGUGAGGGGAAGGAGCUGAAGAUGCAGGUCCAACCUGAGACUCAGCACCGGGCCCGCUAUCUUACUGAAGGCAGCAGAGGGUCAGUGAAGGACCGCACGCAGCAAAGCUUCCCUACUGUGAAGCUGGAGGGUGUGAACGAGCCAGUGAUUUUACAAGUGUUUGUGGGCAACGAUACCGGGCGUGUGAAGCCUCAUGGGUUUUACCAAGCGUGCAGGGUGACUGGCCGCAACACCACAGCCUGCAAGGAGGUGGACAUUGACGGCACAACUGUCAUUGAGGUGUCCCUUGAUCCAAGCACCAACAUGACACUAGCGGUGGACUGUGUUGGGAUCCUGAAGCUCCGUAACGCUGAUGUCGAGGCUCGUAUUGGCGUCGCUGGGUCCAAGAAGAAGAGCACACGUGCUCGCCUGGUGUUUCGGGUCAACAUUCCCCGUUCAGACGGAUCAGUGCUCACACUCCAGACUUCCUCAUCUCCAAUCCUGUGUACCCAACCUGCAGGGGUGCCUGAAAUCUUAAAAAAAUCACUGCACAGUUGUUCAGUGAGAGGUGGAGAAGAAGUCUUCAUCAUCGGCAAAAACUUUCUUAAAGACACCAAAGUCAUAUUUCAAGAGAAUGUUUCAGAUGAGAACUCGUGGAAGGCUGAGGCUGAAAUCGACAUGGAGCUGUUUCACCAGAAUCACUUGAUAGUGAAGGUUCCUCCGUACCAGAAUCAAGCCGUCGACACAGCAGUGUAUGUGGGAGUCUAUGUGUUGACGAAUGCUGGGAGAUCGCAUGAUGUUCAGCCAUUUACUUACACUCCUGAUCCAGGACCACAUGAUGUUCCUGUGAAGAAAGAGAUGCUUUCUCCAGUGAAGACUUGUACUUUUGAUGAACAAAUGAAAGUUCUGGAUGGUGCUCUGAUGCCCUCGAUGUUGCCUUUAGUGAAAAGAGAAGACGUCACUCCGAUGGAAGUGACCAGCAACAUUCAAUCUUCUGGCGUAUAUAAGACUGGUGAUCUUUGUCAAGCCCAGCAGAACCCAGACAUGACUGCAGGACAUCUAAAUAAAAACAGACCCUUCUCCAACAACUUGUCUCUGGCUGCAGCUGACCCUGACAAAGUUCAGGCUUCUGUUUUUACCAACACUGAGCCCCUGAGCACCAUCCAGAAGCAGGACAUUGCUCCCACCAGCUCAUUUCCUGUGCCUACAGACUCUCUGCUCCAGCAGGGUUCCCAGCAGUUCCUCCUGGAGCCAAGGGAGGGCCUCGGCCUGGAGAGACCAGGCAAUGGCUCAGGAGGUGUGGGGAGGCUGUGUGGAGAACCUACCCCCCAGCAGCAGCAGCAGCAGCUGCCACUGUUCCCUCUAGAUGAGGUGGCCCAGCUUGAAGAGGCAGUGAGACAACUUAAAGCCAAAGGGUACUGUAACUUACCUCUUCAGUCUGAAAACUCCAUGGCCAAACAGCAACAGCAGCAGCAGCAGCAGCAGCAGCACAUGCAGCACCAACAGCAGAUCCAAAAACAGCAAAUCCAGCAGCAACAACAGCAACAAAUGCAUCAGCAGCAACAGGUGCUGGAGAAUUUACAGCAGCAUCUGUUUCAGUCACAGAUUCAGAUGCAGUGUGGCAUGUUUCAGGACGCUACCCAGGGCAAGAGCUCAGAACAGCAGGGCUCAUCACAAGGAGGGGUGCCAAACCCAGGAUCUCUCUUCCAGCACCCGCAGCAGCAACAGCAGCAGCAGCAGCAGCAGCAGCAGCAGCAGCAGCAGCAGCAGCAGCAGCAGCAGCAGCAGCAGCAGCAGCAGCAGCAGCAGCAGCAACAAGCAGUUCUCUUUCAACAGGCAAACUUACUUUCCAUUCAGACCAACUUCCUCCAGCAAACACCCUCUCACCCUUCACCACCCAUGUUCCACAACCCCAGCUCUCUGGCUGACACACAAGAUCCACAGGGGGCUCUGUUUCAGAAGGCGUCUCAGGAGCAGGUCCAGGCUGCUCUCUUUCAAAACACCAUGACAGUACUGCAGGCCCCAGAGCAACAGCCCACAACCCCUGGACUUUUCCUCCCCCAGUCCUCUCUGGCCACUCAGCUCACAACCAGCAAUUCUCAACAACAGCAGCAACAACAGAAGCAGCAGCAGCUAGUCUUCCUCAGUGCCCUACAGUCCCCUGCCCCUGAACCACAAUCAGUAUUUCAGGUUCAGACCCAGCUCUCCCCCAUCCAGCAGAGGAGUGCCAUGGAGCAGCAGCCGCCCUCCCAGCCUCAGACCCACACACAGCCAACCCAGCAAGCUCCCUUAUUCCAGAACAUCUCGCCACAUCCACCUGCAAACACACUCUCUCCAGGCCAGCAGCAGCAGCAGCAGCAGCAGCAGCAGCAGCAGCAGACUGGCCUCCUGUUCUGCAACAAUACUCUGUCCACCCCAGACCAGGCCUCCAGCCUCCUCUUCAGCAGCCAGGGCCAGAUGCCUCCACUGACCAGCAGCAGUCUGGUUUCUCAAGAGCCCCAAAACUCUUCUCUGCUGUUUUCACAAUCCAAUCUGGUGACUGUAAACCAGCAGGAUCGCUCUGAGCCAAUGGCCUUGGGGAACCCCACCCAUCCACAACAACAAGUCAUGUUUCAGGAGCAGCAGCCGAUGCAGCUGGGUGGCAGCUCAAACAGCCGACAGGAGCCUCCUGUGGGCCUCUUCAUGCCUCAGUCCAACAUGGCCUCUCUGCAGGGGGGACUGGCUCAAGAGCUUGCACAGUCAGCCAUGUUCGCCUCACAGAACGGCGUGGCGAACCUUCAGACGACUACCCCCUCCACUGCUCAACAGCCAGGACCACUAUUUCAGACGACCGUGAGUGGGGGCAUCAAUCAGCCCAGCCAGCCUCAACAACCUGGCCUGUUCCUCUUUGGGAUUCAGAACGGAUGUGGCCAGUUGAUGAACACUCCUGGAAACACACUGUCGGAUCAGAUCAUAGCCAUCAGCCAGUCUGGUCAGAACCAAAGAGAGAGUGAUGCUCGUAUCCAGUCUCUGCUCAAUCAGUCCCUGUCUCAGUCUGGGACUGUGCAGAACAGCAUGUCCGCCUCGCAGAACAUGGAGAAGAUCGACGACCUGCUGGUCAGCCUGCAGGAGUCCGGCAGCAACUUAAGUCGUUCAUAUUAACCUCUGUACUUCUUUCUUUUACUGAUAUUCUGUAUGAGAAAUUAGACACAGUUAAACGUAUAUGAAUUUGAUUUGACAAACAGCAUGAUGUGCGUCACCAAAUGUUUUUCUAGCCUACUCACAUAUAAUUGAGUCUUCAUUAGGAAAGAAACUGUGAAGCAUUGUCAAGUGCUGACGGCCGUGCUGAGAGCGGCACUUAUUAAAACUAUGGCAUAAUACUUUGCCUAAAGCAAACUUGAGAAAUGAAUAUCGAGACAGUGAAAUGGAAAUUUGUGUCGGACUUUCUUGGCCGAGCAGUUGGACCAAGAAAGGCAAAUAUCUCUUAAUAACCUUAAAGACUGACUGACUCCCCGAUGUUAAAUCAUGAAUGUGAAAACUGAGGUGGACUGUAGAUGAGAACUGUGAGAACAUUUGUCGUAACUGUCUGAUGACGAUGAAGAUGAUGAUGAGGCAGGUGAAAUUUAGCCCAAAUUUCCGUUCAUAUAUCUUGUGAAUUUUUGUUGAUAUCCGUAAGUAGAUUGUGAGUUGUGUUGUUUGGUUGUCGUGGUGUUUUCUAAAGUGUUCUCCAAAGUAUUUGAUGGUUUCCGUGAAUAUUGUUCCCUUUAACACUUCUUUCGUAGUUUUUUUGUUGUUGUAUGGAGGGUGGAGCGCGUGGUACGGUAGAAGUGUAGAGUGUAGGUAUAGUCACUGUUGACGGGGUUUGAAAUUAUUAACAGUGCGGCAAGUGAAGCAAGAGAAGGUGAGAGGGGAAGAGUGGAAGAGUGGAGGAAGGUAACUGAGAAGUCGAAAAUUGCAAUGAAUAGAAACAUUUCCUUAUGUCUUAUGUGAUGUGUAGCCACAAACAUGUGUCUUUCAUGUAUGUGGACGCUUGUUAUUUCAGUGUUGCAGCAGAUAGCUGAUGAUAUGAAUGAGUUCACUGUAGCUGUUUCUGAAAGGCCACGAAGUGACGUAGGUUUCAUUGAUGAUGUGAUAAAGACAGAGACUGCAUUCAGUCUGUGUCUGAGUAAAGAUCUUUAAAAACAAAAAAACCCGACUAAUAAAGUUUAGACUAGUUUGGUACAGUAAUAAAAAAGGUUUUGUCAUAGAGCGAGUAGCGGUCAGUUACAUGAUCAUCAGGAGCUCUAAAGCAUAUCUUUCUAUAUUAGAUAUUUCGCCGUCACCACAGUGUACAGAGAGCACUUUGUAAUGUAGUAUAAAUGAACAGGCUAACAUUUAGUCUGUAUUCAUCAAAACCAAACUGUGUCAGUUUGAUCCUUUUUACAGCUUAGUGUCCUUUGAAUACAUUAGGAAGAAAUAACUCUUUUAAGAAAGUGUAGUGGAAGAAAUGUAACAAAUAAUGGCUGACAUGUAUAUUCAGCACUUUACGAUGCUGUGACGACUUCACUCAUCCAGGGUACACUACAGUCCCACGAGAGGUGGCUUUCCUUCUUUUUUAUCUCAGCCGCCUCUUCCUCAUUGUUUACAGUGAAGAAGAUGCAUUUCCCAUGUGUUUGCAUAGCAACGCUCAUGUAGUCGGGCAAACUCAACAAACAUAUUUCCACUCUUUUGAGAUGCUAUCAUACAGUUUAAUACAUAUAUUUCACAGAAUACAGUUAAAUACAACAUCUAAUUUUCAGCCAUGUUACAACUACUACUUUUCAUUCCCAAAAUCAAGUUCGUUAUUUGUUUCUGGAGAGAAAAAAAACUGCUUAGAAAUCUGGACAAAUGAGGAAAGAUGUGGUUCAAGACAUUUGAAUUUUUAAUGACUUAUUUAAAUACAUGCAUCUGCAGUAGAGAGAGAGCGGAAUGUAAUAAAGUAUAUUAAUAUAAUUUUUUGUCAUAAGGGUAGGAUCGUUUUGUGUUGUAGUGUCAUUUUGCGUCAGGCACGCAUGAACUGGAGAAGUAUUCUUAAACGAGCUAGAGAAGAGCCUUUUUACCUGUUUUAUUCAAGUGAUGAAUUCAGCUGAAUGUUGAGGAGAAGCAGUCGUUUGUUGGCUACAACUGUACAUUAUAUAUCUCACCUGGAUCGACUUAUUAACAUGCAGUAACAGAGCCCUUUUUCUAUGUUUCCCUUUAACUGGAAACCCGUCUGCAGAUCUAAUGUUAGCCUGUGGCCUCAGGACCAAAUUUUGACUCCAAUCUUGCUUUGCAUGAAUCCUGAUGACAGGCCAGAUUUAUGGCUCGUGAGCUUUUAUUUACUGUUAUUUUUUCCAACUUGCAAUUAAACUUUUGAGAAAAUCAUAGACAGCCUAUUCUUUUCCCUCCUACAGAUACAGAUUUCAGUGACGUCACACCUUUCUCCGUUUGUUGUGUUGUGUUACGUGUGGUUUUACUGUACGUGUGUGCAUGAACAAGGGGCUGGUCUCUACUGACGACCCAAUGGGCUCUAGUUUAAUGCCUUGUCUCAUUUUUCUCUGUAGAGUCUGUCAGAAACUCAGAAACACAGUUACAUUUUAUACACUUUUCAAUCAGUUUGUUGUUUUUUGUGACAGAUAUGAUGUAAACUUGACUAAUUUGAUUUGUGGAACUACAGUGUGUCAGUUUGAGCUGUUAGACGGUGUUUUUUAAAGGGACCCUACUCCUGAAGGAAACCUGACUUUGGAGAAAAGAGCUAUCUGUGAUUGGCUUUCUUCAACUUGUGAUGUAGAAGAAAUGAGAUCUCCAGUGUUGAAUAUUUAUGAUUUUAUUUGUUUUACAGAUUUCUUUUUUUUUGUUGUAGGAUCUGUUCCUCGUUUUGGAGAAUCUAAUUUAUUCGUGUGUUGGUUAUUAUCUAAAUUGUUUCCCGUAAUCCUAGUUCUGAAUGUACUGAUGAGCCCCCACAAUAAUAUACAUUCCUGUGCACAGUUACACAUUAAUGAACAUAUCAUAUGUGAUUGUUCGAGACUUUUAAUUGGCCCUUAAUUUCUGCUUUAACCACGAAGUAAAAAGCAGAGAAAAAUUGCACAGAACUUCAACAGUUUUUUUAAAGAAAUCUUAAAAAUAGGUGCAACAAAUUUCAGUAUUUUUACGAGGACCAUAAUUCUGAUUGUGAUUACAAAGUGUGGCUGUGGACGCCUCACUUGAUAUCCAGAAUGUUCUUUUGUACACACACUGGGGAGGUAAUUACUUUUUUGUAAUUACAGUUUCCUCUUUGUUUAUUUACAAUGUAGCUGUAGAUUAGAAAAGCACGAGUGUUACUCUUCAUACAGUCUUUACUAAUUGUGUGUAAAAGACCAGGAUUGUUGAUAAAGGUUCUCACUUUUUCCAAGAUGCUACUUACUAACUCUGUCUUUUCCUGCAAUAGAACAAGACGUGGCUUGCUAUUAACAUUACCAGUUCAUUUAAGAUCACCAAACUGAAUUUGCUAUCACAGGUAUUUUUUUCCCCCAAAAAUGUCACUUUAGACACGAAUAUAAGCUGUACAUGUGCCUUGAGGAGAUGUCGUGGUAUCGACCAGAUGUUUCACCGUUGUCUGUUCAACAAGCCCUUGGCCCCUGUAGGCCGGUGUCGAUUAGUCCUCAUUAACUAGAAUGUUUUAAGCCAUAAGACUUUAAGUGUGCUUUAAGUGCUCAACAACAGUGACCAGAUAAGUGUGGUUGUGGUUGAUACAUGUGUUGUGCAAUUCCUGUCAUGCGUCUAAGUUGUUUGUACUGAAGUAUCCAUUGCAUUUAUGUUACACGACGUAGAUGCAGACAAACUUUUUCUCUGAAACUGCUAUGCAGCUAAUAUACUGUAAAUGUAGAUCUGUUAGUUUUUGAAUAUAUAUAUUUUUUCUAUAUAUGGCCUCACCUGAGAAACCAAAAUAGAUGUUCUUUCUAUUAUUUAUGUGGCUUGUUGAAAUGUUUUCUGAUGCUUUAAGUGCCGCCUGAAAGCGAUUAGAACUUGUUUAGUCAGUUGAAAUGUAAAUUUCUCUAUCUCUUUUUUUGAUUCAAGGGUCAUAAUUGUCUUUUUUAUUACAUUGUUGCUAGUACAGUUAAUGUGGUGGUUUAUGUUAUAUCCAGGCCUGUUGUUUAUUGGUGUAGUGGUUACUCAUCUUUAUGAUUUCUCUCAGGGCCUUGGAGAUACCAGGAUUCUUAUUCUGACCAAUAACAUUAAUGCAUGAUGGUUUUGUGGGUCUUUUAAUUACACAUUCUGCAAAGCAAUAUUCACUGUAAUUUAUCCCGACUUAGUCUGAUAUUGGAAUUUUCCAAAAAUGUGCCUUUUCCACAUUCUUUAUGUAAUAUCUUCAAAGUCUGUUCACUCUUAACACAAGAGAACCACUUUACCAAUAAACAGCUUCUUUUAGUCCUGGAAAUAAAGAGGGGGAAUUUAGUCUUUUUGUUUCUAACAAUGUGAACAAUCGUCUGAUAAUCACCCUGGGGAGAAAACGACCUUUCAAUAUAUUUGGCUUUGGUUUGGACAUUUGUUUUUCUUGCAAAUACAUUUUUGUAAACUUGCUGCUAUCUAUAUUAAACCUAUACGCGUUCAA